GAAAGACGCCCUUCCUCUCCCCACCGAGAGGGAGGAGGGAAGGCGACAAAGAGGGGCGGGGGCGUGACGGACAAAGGCUGCGACGCCCGGAGGUGGAGGCGGCAGGGCCCAGCAUCCUGAGGAAUGCCGAAGAAGUUCCAGGGGGAGAACACCAAGUCGGCAGCCGCCCGGGCGAGGAAGGCGGAGGCCAAGGCUGUGGCAGACGCCAAGCGGCAGAAGGAACUGGAGGACGCCUUCUGGAAAGAUGAGGACAAGCAUGUCAUGCGGAAGGAGCAGCGGAAGGAGGAGCGCGAGAAGCGCCGCCUGGAACAACUGGAGCGUAAGAAGGAGCUCCAGCGCCUCCUGGAAGAGGAAGACGCUCAGCUGAAGGGGAAGGUGCCUAAGCCGCUCGUCCCGAGCAAAGUCACCCGAGCCCAGAUCGACGAGACGUUGCGGAAAGAGCAGCAGAAGGAGAACGCAGACACCGCCGAGAAGCAGAAAAGCCACCUCGAGACGCCUUUGGAAGAGAACAUCAACCGCUGUGUCCUGGAGGAAGGGGCGGUGGAGGCGCGGACCAUCGAAGACGCAAUUGCGGUCCUCAGCCUCCCCGAGGAUCUGGACCGCCACCCGGAGCGGCGGAUGAAGGCGGCCUUCACGGCCUUCGAGGAGGCCAACCUGCCCCGGCUGAAGCAAGAGAACCCCAACAUGCGCCUCUCCCAGCUCAAGCAGCUGCUGAAGAAGGAAUGGAUGAAGUCCCCAGAGAACCCCAUGAACCAGAGGCACUCGGCUUACAAUAGCCACAAAUGAGACUCGAGGGGGGAGAGAUGGGGAUUUGGGGUUGGGGGGGAGAGGACGCCAUUUUUCACCUCUCUUCUCCCCCUCCGCUGACCCAGGCGGGGUGCCUUGCUAGGCCAUUUUAAGGCAGAAAGGGUACAGAUCUCGCCUCUUCCCUUUGUACCCCCCCAUUCGCUUGGUUGUCUCCCACACACACACACUUGCUUUCUCUGAAAUCGAGGGGCAUUCUCUGCCUCCCGUCGGGGCUGUCCCUUCACCCGGGUUCAAGAAAACUCUUGAGGCGGCCCACAAUCUGCCCACAGGAUCCGGCCAGAUGGGGUUUGUGUGUGUGACCUUUGGUGCUCUAGAUGACUGGGGCCAACAACUCCCAUCAGCCCCUGACUAGCACUAAGGGAUCAUGGGAUCUGUGGUCCAGCACAAGAGGUCUUCCUCCCGGAGGUGGGUCACACGAGCAUUACAGCGAUCCCUUUCAAGGAUCAUCUAGGACUGUAUGUUGAGUUUUCUGGUGAUGAUCUUCCUGUUGUUAACAGUUGAUCCUCCAGAGUAAAUUUUUUGUUUUGUUUUUGGCAUAAGUCAAUCUCCCCGUUUGCCAACAGAGAACCAUUCCCCCCUACCCCAGAAACGUUCGACCCCACACUCUCACACCCCCUUCUCUGCCUUCUUGGGUUAUGCAAACUGUCAUCGAUUCCAUCGGGACUCUCCGGGAAACCAUGAACCACCUUCCUGACCACAGAAACACCGCCGGCGUGCACCUCUGGCUUGCGUGGGGGACAUGCAGUUUUUUUAAAAAAUAGGAAAUAACACCUUUUUUGCCCCGACCUGGAAACCCCAAACUCCCAAGGGAAUAAAACAUUUGAACUGUGCCA